AAUCUCUUUUUCUAUGUUUGUAAACUUAAAAAUUAAAAGAAAAAAAAGUAAAGAAGUCUAUUUGUUGGAAUUGUGGAGGCGGUGAGACCCACAGUUUUUUGUUUUGAAUCUUGUCCAAUUCUUGGAAAAUAAUUUAGAAAGAAAACUCACCAAAAUCUUUGUCCUAAAACUAUAAGACUUGUUCAUACUUCAACUACGGGGCGACAGCUAUUUUCCCAUUUGUGGUUUGGUGUUUAACAUUUCUAGGCUUCUCCCAUAAGAACAGUCCCACCUCCACCAACACCAAAGUGUCAUCAUUGAACCCUCAUAUUUCUCUCCUCCUUUUUAUGUUAUCACCUUUGCUUUUCUUCCUUUCUUUUGGCGUUUGAAUACACUCUUGUGCUUGGUAGGCUGUGCAAUUGAGGUAAAAUGGGCCCUCAACCCCACUCAAACAUUUUAAUGGUACUCCAUUUCGUCUUUCACUGCUCUCUUUGACCCCAUAUUGUUUGCUCUCUCACUUUUUAAUUUUUCUUUUUCUACUUUUAGCUCUUAAUGCGCUAAACAUAAGAUUCUGAGGUUUCUGUUUUCUCCCUUUUGAGACCAUCACUGGUUGUUUUAUGGGGUUUUUGCAUUUGGGAUUUUGGUUUUAGACGUGGGUCUUGGUAACAAUUUUGGAUUUCUGAACUAUGGGUUCACUUCUCUCUGCAAAAUUUCCAUCUUUUUUAUAUCCUUAAGGUUCAGGUCUUCAAUUUAGAUUCUCAAUUCAAGCUGUGGAUUUUGAAAAGAUUAAAAAUCAGCCGCUUUCUUUUUUUGUACAUAAUCCUUGUUCUAACGAAGUCUCAGAGAUUGCCCUUCUGAAAUAUGGAAAAUUCUUGAUGAUGGUGAACUUUGGAUUCUUGGUUUACGUUUGGUGGGUCAAAGAAUGAUGGUUGUGAGGUAGGGAGCUGGUUUCCUCGAAGUGGAUUGUGGUGAUUUUGGUGUUGGCUAGUUGUUGAAAGAGGAAAACAUGGACAGAAUGGUUCAACCUCCAUUGGUUGAUACAACAGCCUGUUUAUGUAGAGUAGAUGCUGGACUCAAAACUGUUGCUGGAGCAAAAAAAUACGUACCACGUACAAAGCUGUGUCUCCAACCCAGUAUUAAACCGUCCAUUCAUCCAACAAGAAACAAGGCAGCACGUAGUAAUAGGAGCUGUUACCAAUCUCCUCUGCUCCCAGGACUCCCCGAUGAUCUUGCUAUCGCUUGCCUAGUAAGGGUUCCCCGAGUUGAGCACAGGAAGCUACGUGUGGUCUGCAAAAGGUGGUAUAGACUUCUAUGUGGUAACUUCUUUUAUUCACUCCGAAAGAGCCUUGGAAUUGCAGAAGAAUGGAUUUACAUCAUUAAGAGAGAUCGAGAGGGAAAAAUUUCUUGGCAUGCCUUUGAUCCUGUAUACCAGCUCUGGCAGCCACUCCCUCCAGUCCCUAAGGAAUAUUCUGAAGCCCUUGGGUUUGGAUGUGCCGUCCUUAGUGGUUGUCACCUUUAUCUGUUUGGUGGUAAGGAUCUAUUAAAGGGAUCAAUGAGACGAGUCAUAUUUUAUAGUGCCAGGACAAAUAAAUGGCACCGUGCUCCAGAUAUGCUUCGUCGAAGGCAUUUUUUCGGUUCAUGUGUGAUAAAGAAUCGCUUGUAUGUUGCUGGUGGAGAGAAUGAGGGAGUGCAUCGAUCAUUGAGAUCAGCUGAAGUUUACGAUCCCAACAAGAAUAGAUGGUCAUUUAUUUCAGAUAUGAGCACUGCAAUGGUGCCCUUCAUUGGGGUUGUGUAUGAGGAUAAGUGGUUUUUGAAGGGACUUGGACCUCACCGGCAAGUGAUGAGUGAGAUCUACCAACCCGAAACAGACAGUUGGUACCCUUUCUAUAAUGGAAUGGUUGCAGGCUGGAGGAACCCCUGUGCUUCCUUAAAUGGGCAGCUCUAUGCCUUGGAUUGUAAGGAUGGUUGUAAGUUGAGGGUUUAUGAUGAAGUGGGUGAUUCUUGGAGUAAGCAUAUUGACAGUAAGAUACACUUGGGCAAUUCUCGGGCUCUGGAGGCGGCAGCGCUUGUUCCACUUAAUGGAAAACUUUGCAUCAUUCGAAAUAAUAUGAGUAUAUCUCUGGUUGACAUUUCCAAGUCCAAUGAUCUGAAGGGAACUACUGCUCAACAUUUAUGGGAAACUAUAGCAGGGAAAGGUCAGUUCAAAACCUUGGUUACAAAUCUUUGGUCUAGCCUUGCCGGCAGGAACCGGCUGAAAAGCCACAUUGUUCACUGCCAGGUUCUCCAAGCAUAGCGCGACCGUAAUGUUUUCCAUUCAUGCCUUGCGGUAUCUCUUGAAUAUGAUGGGGGUUGAAGCGCCAACAGCUUGGCCAGGUUGAUGCUUCUCAUGUUGUCAGAAUUUCUGUUUUUGCUAGAUUGCUAGGGUUACAAAGAUUUAUAUGAUACACAGUUGUUAAAUAUAGAAAAUUGAAAAUGCUUGUUCAAAUGUUCAUUAGCUCUUCAAAUGACUGCGAAUAUGGUUUUGCCGUAUUAAGGAUUGGCUAUGUUGUUGUAACUUAAACCUCCAUUUAUAGUUUGAGAUGACCUCUGUCAAAUGAUCAUACUAGUAACUCUUCCAAUGAGCCAGUUUGAGCUUGCUGUCACCGUAAGAGGAGGCCUUUUUCUGAAAAAAAAAAAUUGUGCGGGAAGACUUAAGCUACUUCACGAGACAUUAAUUAUCAAUCCAUUGAACUCGAGCAAUCAAUCAGAAUGAAAGUCAAAAAAAUUCCUUACCCAAAUUUCUUAUCUAAUUCGAUAUCGUAAUACGUUGUGAUAAAAACCGUGAGAAAAUACCGAAAGUAGACAUCAUAGAGAGCAUGAUUAUCAAAGACGAAAAGAUACAUCUAGGACAGUCACCUGCCCUGCUAAAACCAGGGUGACCCCGAAAUUGCUUUAUUCUUUCGAUCUUGUUUUUUAGUUUCCUUCUCAUAAAGGUAUACAAAUUAGGGAAGAAUAUUUUACAAGAAUACUAACACACACGGAAUCAAAAUGCUCAAACAUACAAAUCCAUGACAUACAGAAACCGGCUGUUCGUGAGAACGCCAUCAGAGUCUUAUGCUUUUCCAGAACCAGAUAUGUGAGAUUUUGCAAGGGAGAAACACAUUCUCUUCUGCUUCUUAUACUCAUUGUACCGCAAGAAGAAAUACCCCAGAUAAUCAAAAUCGAUGGGUGACAU